CCCUAUCCAAACCGACCCACCUGCUCAAUAUCAACGAAAACACCACAGAAAGACUAACCGCAUACAAUUUCACUCAUAGUACGUAGUCGGAAUACCCAAUAAGGCUAGAACUAAUGUGUAGGGUAUUGCUGGACAUGUGAGACUGGAUUCCCGUUUUUAGAAUCGCAUGUGCGAUGAUGACUGGGGAAAUUGAUCACACACAUAAAUAUCCGUCUUCUUUCUCUAGAAUUAUCACAAAUACUAUCCUUUCUACCUCAACAAUCCAAAACACAAGGCGUAGAACUACAAUGCCAAAUGAACACACAACUCCCCAACAAUAGGUACGGUUCAAUGGCUGUUUGAAGUCUUGCGUUAACUCAGACGUCUUGUUAUAACUCCCGCCUGGGCAUUUUUCAUUCUGUUACCAUUACCAGCGUGGCGCUGAUGCUUUUGCGUAGCCGGCCGGUACCCUUCUAUCAGGAGAGCGUGUAUUCUGCCGACUCUCCAGAAGAUCAGGAAGGGUCGAAAGGCAUCGAACGUUGGAUGCGUUGUCCAACUCCACCAAUAUCCGUGAAGCUUGUCGACGACGUAUUUGAUCGAAAAGUAAAAGUACCUAAAGGGGAACGCACAGAAAGGGUCCAAGGAAAGCUCGCCGAAAUCGAGAGCGUAAUAAACCCUAGGUCAUAGCGAAGAGAAAACAUGGCCGAUACACUGAACGUGCCGGCCAGGAGACACAGGAGAUGUGGGAGCGGGGCCCUCCCAUGCGAUUCACUUCUCCCUAGUAUAGGGGCGACAGCAGCUCCUUUGGCAGAUAUAGUUAACCUGUUUAACUCCAAAGUUAACGAGCUGACGGACGACGAAGAACACGAGGAGUAUCUAGCUUGCCCUUUCUGGAAGCAUAAUCCCGCCCGAUAUCUUCGUGUUAAGAACUCAUGUACGGCUGGUGUUGGUUUUAAGAAUAUUGGGAAGUUAACGGAGCAUAUCAAGAGAGUACACUGUCUAUGGAAUGGCUGCGAAAAGUGUCUCAUGAGGUUUAACAAAACAAAAAAGGAGGAAGUUGGUGAAAUAAAACGGAGGCAUAUGGCCAAUUGCACACAGCCGACCAAAAGCUUGACAGAAUUAGAUGCCGAAUGGAUGGACAAGGAUCAAGAUGAAGCGUAUGGGCAGCUCAACUUCCAAAAGGAUAAAGGGAGCCCUUCUCAAUGCUACAAGAAAAUAUGUUGUGCGUUAUGGGGACCUGACCCAAAGAUUGAGAUCCAAGGGCCCUACCACUUACCCGGAUUUCAAAUGUCGGUCCUUCGCUGGCAGUUUGUAAAAGGACUGGAGUCACUAUAUGAACAGAAGAAAGCCGAAGAGCCGCGUCCUGACGCAAGACAAAAUGCAAAUACGGCUGCUGCUGCUGCUGCUGCUGCUACUACUACUACUGCAUUUUCUCCUAAUAUUCGAAACGUCGAUCCAAUGCUCCUCUCGACGCAUACUUUGAACAAUCUAUCAAGCGAACCCCCUCCUUUUUACAGAGGACACCGCAGAAAGGAUUCAGGUGUAUGGUCGUGGGAUCCUAGUGAGAACCAUGCAACCUUCGCCAAACCCACACUCCCUGAAUUUUCUUAUGACGACGAACUGGAUGAGGAGAAUCCUGCACGAGCACAGAAUGAACCAGCCUACCUUUACACAGCUGGUACCUGGGCCGGCUUGGCAGAAUCAUAUGUCAUCCCGGAUGGUCAAUUUGAUAGAGAUGCUGAUGGGGACGUUUCUUGGCAAAUCCUGUCCGAGUAGCGUUAGAUAUAGGAAUAAUGAUACUGAAGAUUGGGUUUCUUAACCUUUUGCUAUUGUUACUUACUUCAAUAUUUCUUGACUACCUCGGUAGCCUAAAUUUAUUCAACUUGGCUUAUUCACGCACUGCACUUUAUUAAGAACAGUAUGAUAGAUGCUUUUGGAAAUCUACCCGCGCGAUCUAGGAUAGUCUCCAUUAGGCAAACAGAGUCAAUUCUUGAAAAUAAACUCCUAUUAGCCGAACUGCGCUCUAAUUAAACUCUAGUCGAAACAUUGCGCGUUGUGACAUUCCUGAUCUUGGAUAGGAUGUAAUAAAAAUUAUCAUUUGGAAGUUGUCGUGGCUAAUAGUGUAGUCUCCACUAUGAGGCGUAGAAACGUGAGUGGGAAAAUUGUAGCCGAAAAUUGUUGAUGGUGGGAUAAAAUGAAGACACUUGCAAAACGUUGAAAGGUGAAAGGGUAAAAAGGUAAAAAAUAAAUUGUGAUGAGAGUGGGAC